CCCGACGGACCGGCGCACGUACAUGUCCGCUAGGUCGUCCUCUAUGCUGCUUGUUUGCUAGCUAACGUCCACUUCUUUCAAACUACUGUAAUUCAUAAACACUUUAAACAAUGACAUCCAGAGGGACGGCGAGUCGCUUCCUGAAAAGUGUUCUUCAGAACGGCGUCGGUCGGUACGUCUGUCAGCUGAAGCGAGUCUCCAUCCGCUUCUCUAAGAAGGGCCAGAGCUCUCUGGGAGUCAGGGAGUUCAUCGAAGAGGGAGUGGUGGAUUAUGCCAAGAGCAACCCUUCCACUGUGGUCUACGUGUCUCCUCAGCCGUGCAGGGUUCCCAAAAUAGUCGCAGAAUACUUAAACGGAAACGUGAGGGAGGAAAUCGUCACAGGCAAGACGUCCCCGCAGAUUUCGGAGCUUUUGACCAAGCUGACGGAUCAGUCCGGCCUGGACAUCAUCCGCAUCCGCAAACCCUUCCACACAGACAGCCCCAGCAUCCAGGGCCAGUGGCACCCGUUCACCAACCGCCCCCCCUCCGUCGGCCCCAUCGGGCCACAGAAGCAGCACGCAGAGUGAGGACCACAGUUAUUUGUCUAUAGUUAACUGCUGAAUAUUCUCGCGCGAUGUCCUUCUUUGAAGCCGUUUCAACUGCACAAUCUCAGCAACAUCGCAGCUCAAGUGCGCUUGCAGUCGGAUGAUUCCGCAGAAGACCCCCCCCCCCCCCCCCAAACUAACAGAGGAAAUGCUUUCCACUGGGCUUUUUAGUCUGUGGGUGGCAGCGACUUCUCUGUAUCCGUGCAGAAAAGUGCAAACAACACCAGCUCUGAAUGUUGAAUAGACUCUGCAUGAAUCCACGAGAGGCUUUGUCAGCUGGUACAUGAAAAAAAACGGCAGAUAACUGUUUUUUAAUGUCAAGGUUAUUUGAAGAUUCACUGUGGAAACGCGCGGCAUGGAGCAGAUUUUAUGAAAUAAAUGUUAUUGUGAGAAUGCUGGCAUUGUUGUUUACAUUUGAUUUCUUUUGACAAGGUUUCAGAACAUCAACAGACUGACCCGAUCGUAGCUUUGAUUAAAUUACACACGCAUAUCAGAUGUUCACCGUUUCUUUAUUAUUUGUAUGACACAAGGGAAUGUACAUGUUUUAUACAGUUCGACACUCGGAAGGCUGCACGACUGCAGAGGAUCCAGAGCUUAAACGAACAUGACAGAUGGCUGUGUGACAGCUUGAGGGACAUGUCGUAACCUUCAGCGGCACAGAGCUGCCCUCUGUGUCUUCGGGUGGAAGAUAAACACAAAAACUCCUCCGCUGGGUGAAUCAUUCAAAUGCACCAAGACAGAUGUCGGCAAAACUCUUUGACGUUUUUACAACUUUUAAAUUCUCGCACGAAUUCAUCAUUUCACUCCCCCCCCCGCCCCCCCC